GAGGAGUUGAGAACGCGUGGGAUGGAGACGUUCGUUUUGAACGCCUUAGUGGGGAAGGAUAUGGUUCGACCUACUGUUGCCCAAACUGCGUCAGAUUGUCUAGACCCGUGAGGAUUUUAUCCCGAGUCCUCAGAAGACGCAGCAUCUGGUGAUAUUCAGUUGAGAUACUUACGCAUCUGUUGAUGAUUUAGUCCAUUUUUGUGCAUUCUUGUCCAGCUGCAUCUGAGAUGGUUCUUUUUCGCGUUGACAUAUACCUUGAUUCUCUUUGAUUUGAGGUACUUGGAUGUACUUUCCCACGCAAUGUCUGUAGAUGUCAAUCAUGUCAUGUCGAUUCAAGAAGGCAUUCUCAUCGCCCCCGCCGAAAAGAUGGGGGCCCCAAUCGUGAUUUCACGCUUCAUAAGAUAGCAUUCUGUGCACUGUCCUUGAUUCACGCUUCUUCCGUGCCCACCACCACUAGAAACCAGCAUGUUCUCGCAAAUCGUUCGUAAUUCGCGUUCUGUUAUGCGACCCUUGUCAAGACCCGCUUCAAUCCACCGCCGAACAGUGAUGACUCUGGAGAACCACAAGUACACUGCACACGCAACUGCUCGCGGACAAGGUCGUAACGGCGAGGUCGAGUCUGAUGACGAUAGCGGGCUGAAACUUCGUCUUGCCAUGCCCAGAUCCCUCGGAGGGAAGGGUGAUGGUCAGAAUCCGGAACAGCUCUUUGCCAUGGGCUACGCAGCAUGUUUCCUUAGCGCAUUGCAACUGGUAGCAGGCCAGAAAGGACAGGCAGAAUCCGCCAAAAACGCCAUCAUCCAUUCCCAGGUCCACAUCGGCAAGCCGAAGGAUAAGGCCGGAUUUGCCCUGGAAGUGGAGCUCAAGAUCGAAGGAAUUGAGGACCAAGCGCUUCUCGAUGCUGCGCACGAGGCUUGUCCCUACAGUCGCGCCUUGAAGCACGGGGCCGCUGUUAAGGUGUCAAAGGCUUGAACUUGAACAGUUCAAUUGGUCCCGUGCGUUCGUUUGUACAUUGUUCUGUUGUUUCUAGUUUGUAUAAGUACAGCGUGCAUGAGAUAAGGUUGUGAUGCAAGUUUGAAUAAUAUACCUCCGCGCGUAUCCUCCCCGAAUCACCCCAAAAUGUCCUACAUUAUAGUGACCAUGGUACAAGAGAUUAUAACCAAGAAUCUGCAUCUACGAAAUCCAAUAAACUAGCGUAAAGCAAC